AUGCUCAGUAAAGAAAAUAAUGCUGCAUUAAUACGACGAAAUUUACGGGAUCAAAGUGAUCCCAUGUCUAUGCCAGAAACUCAGUUUCGAUCACUGUACCGAUUGUCGAGAGAGAUGGUACAUAAUCUCAUUUUAGAGCUCUCGCCUCAUUUGCAAGAUGCAGAACGUGAAGAAUUAUUUAUCCCGAAAAAAUUAAAAAUUAUGGUGGCGUUGCAUUUUUUUGCCCAUGGCAGCUACCAAAAAGCCGUCGGGCAAGAUUUUUGUACAAGUAUGAGCCAGUCAUCUGUUAGUAAAUGUUUAACAGUUGUUGUUAAUGCUUUGGAAAAUUUGUACCAUUAUGUACGUUUUCCACAAACACAAGAGGAAGUAACGCUUGUUAAGCAAGGCCCACCAGUUGCAGCUAAAAUAGUAAAUAGUUGUGCUGUUUUACACAAUAUGUGUAUAUUGCAUGGAGAUCAAGCUUUAAUUGAUGGUAAUGCCGAAUGCUGA